CCAACGGAAUCCACCCGCCCCCCUCUCCUCCUCGUCGGCGCCGCGCCGGCGGCCACCGGGCCGUUGCCCCUAGGAUUUCCACCACCCUCGGCGCAAGGCGGAGGCGGGACCUGGGUCGCUAGGUAGGGAGGGAGCGAUGGAUGGGUGGGCGGCGACGGCCGCGUACACGGCCACGGCGCUGGCGUGCGCCGCGGCGGCGACGCUGGUGACGCUGCGGCUCGUCUACCGCCACCUCCUCCACUACGCCGAGCCCACCCACCAGCGCUUCAUCCUCCGCAUCAUCCUCAUGGUCCCGGUUUAUGCUGUGAUGUCAUUUCUUUCCCUUGUACUACCUGGUAGUGCAAUCUACUUCAACUCCAUCCGCGAAAUCUAUGAUGCAUGGGUCAUCUACAAUUUCUUUUCACUCUGCUUGGCAUGGGUAGGAGGUCCCGGCGCCGUGGUAGUAAGUUUGAGUGGCCGAUAUUUGAAACCGUCAUGGUUCAUGAUGACUUGCUGUUUUUCAGCUAUUCCUUUAGAUGGGCGAUUUAUACGGAGAUGCAAACAAGGUUGUCUACAGUUUGUGAUCCUCAAGCCAAUAUUGGUAGUUAUAACCUUCAUUCUUUAUGCCAAAGGAAAAUAUGAAGAUGGAAAUUUCAGUGUCAACCAAUCCUAUCUAUACAUAACAAUCAUCUAUACAAUUUCAUACUCGAUGGCACUGUUUGCUCUAGCAUUGUUCUAUGCAGCAUGUAGAGAUCUGCUCCAGCCAUAUAAUCCUGUACCAAAAUUUAUCAUUAUCAAAUCAGUGGUGUUCCUUACCUACUGGCAGGGUGUCCUGGUUUUCCUUGCUGCGAAAUCUGGAUUCAUAAAAAAUGCUGAAAAAGCUGCCUAUCUCCAAAAUUUUGUGCUUUGUGUUGAGAUGCUCAUAGCAGCUAUUGGGCAUCGUUUUGCCUUCUCAUACAAGGAGUAUGCUGGUUCCAAUGCCCGUCCAUUUGGUGGAUUCAGGGGAAGCCUUCUUCAUGCUCUGAAAUUCAAUGACUUCUAUCAUGAUACUGUCCACCAGUUUGCACCAACGUAUCAUGAAUAUGUGCUCUACAGUAACGAGGAAGAGGAUGAACCAACAAAAUAUAGCUCUGGCAGUGUUGUGUCAACAGGACAGGACAUACAGCUGGCAGAGGUCUCUGUAAUAGACUCAAAAGCUCCGUUGGCAUCAAUAAUCCUAACACAUGAGGGAGGUAAAACCAUGCCCUCCCAUGGCAGUGAACAAAUGGUUACCCCUGCAGAACAGUACGACCUCUCAAGCUUGGUUGAUGUAGAGUUGUCCAAUUACCCUUCCGAGGUCCCUUCCAUUCCUGAUGCAAGGAACCAAUGACCUUGUGUGAUGUAUAUUCGUCAGAUGUAAAUGGGUAGAGCUUACGGGUUGUUCGUAGAUUACACUGUAAAGGCGUCAUUGUAUUGUUUCUGCCAAUUUUUUCCUGUUCAAAUGAGCUAAACUGAUAGAUUAAUUGAUGGCGUCAAGUAAGUUUGUAAUAUAGGGAGAAGAGAAUGUAGUAACAUGUUUCAGUUUUGCUGUUGCUGAUGAAGCAGUUGUCUUCUCAAA